AUGGCGAACAACGAGGAGCGCGCCCCUGCAACCCCCGUUGAGGACGACGCUGACGACAACUUCAGCGACCUUAACGUGGACGAGGAAGAAGAAAACCCUCAAGAUCCUGCAGCUACAGGGCAGCGCCAGCGCAAUCGCCGCAAUCGCCAUCGCCGCCGUGGUCGACGCAACAACCACGCUGGCGCCACGACAAAGGCGCCGGCAGACAACGACAUCUAUAAUCCGGCUAAUCCUAGACUCGCUGCUCUGCUGAGCAGCCUGCCGGGUUCGUAUUACAGUGAUCGAUCGCAGGGCACCUACCGGUCCCCGCGCAUCGACAAUACCGGCCCGCGCCCUGCGAUGCUUAUCAAUGGGCAGGUUCUGCACAACCUGGUCCUUGAUUGCGGUGCCGACGUCGUUCUGGUUGGCCCGCGCACUGCGGCCAAACUGAAGCUGACUGCGGACAAAGUCCGCAAGAACGCCAUCGAGAUCCGCGUUGCUAGCGGUGAGACGGUUCAUAUGGACGAGACCAUCGAGCCGGUCGACUUUGUUUUGAACCCCGGCACGCCCCACGAAACCACUGUGUGGGCCAAGAUCAUCAUUGUCCGUGGCGACUUGCCCGACACCCUGAUCGGGAUGAGCGUCAUGGGCCCUCCUGGUAUUCGGCCUGACUACUACAAGCAGGUCGUGACGUACUACGUCAACUGGUGGGAGCCACAUGCGCGCGAGGCGCACCUCCCCUGCUUCCUGCCGGUCAACUACGAUCGGCCCGGCGCAUCCGGAGCCAGCUGUGCGUGCACCCCUCUUGCCUAUAGUGCUGCCAGUACGAGCACAGGCGCAAACAACACUCCCGAGCUUGCGCCUGGUGCUCCGAUUCCGUACAACAAGCUGCUUCAGAUUCCGUCACCCAACCUGGAUAAGCCGUUCGAAAUCGAGAACGCGCGCUUUCGGAUGUGGCAUUAUGAGAAGCACAUGAUGCCCGAGAUGACCGACCUAUACGAGCGCAGCAAGGAACGGCUGGCCGACCCGCCGCCAAACCAGCGGCCUGUCACCGUGGAGGCGUACCAGCAUCUGCGCCCUCUGGACACGAGCAUGUUGGACCUGCGCGGGCCCCUGGCCAAGAACGGCCCGGGCCUAGUUGUUCUGGAGCUCUUCUCCGGUAUCAUGGCCAGCACUGAGGCACUUGUGCGCACCGGAGUUAAAAUCCAGCACGUCUAUGCCUGCGAGAACGAGGCUAAGACACGCGCCGUCGCAGAAGAGCGCCUAAGAGUGCUGUCUGCGACUCGGCCUGAGCAGCUGAGCGCCGAAGCGUUUGCCGAUUGCCACGCCUUCCUGCCACAGGAUGUCAGGACGAUUACGCGCCAGCACAUUGAGAACAUGCAGAAGCCCGACCUGGUGAUCGUCGGCUUCCCCUGCCAGGGGUUUUCGCGCGCAUCUGAUGCGCCCAAGGGGCUCAGAGACCCCCGCACGCAGCUUUUCGAAGAGGCGCUGCGUGUGAUCCACCUGAUAUGGCGCAUCCACGGCCCGUGUGGGUACCUUUUCGAAAACGUAGACGCCGCCGACCAUCCGAACCGGGACGUUCGGCGCGAAUACACCGAGGUCGUUCAGGCCGUCCUCGGCAAGGGCUUCGUUUUUGACGCGGUCGCUGUGGGCUCCUACGCCCACCGCAACCGGCGCUGGUGGACCAACCUGGUUCCUGGACACCUGGUUGAGGAGAUGGCCGACAAGAAGUUCAAGCGUCGGCCCCCCGGACAGCGCGUGCAGGACAUUCUCGAGCUUGGGCACACCGCCAAAGUGGCUCGACACGCGCAGGCUUCUGGCUCAGUGACGGUGAACAUCCCAGGGCAGACCAUCAAGGCUUUUGCCACCUUCGUCUCCCUGGCCAACUCGCACGCCUAUCGAGUGGGGCAGCAAAGCAUGGUACUCGAUCGCGCGAAUCGCGAGCAAGAGCCGACCGCCCUGGAGCGCGAGCGCGCCAUGGGUUUUAUGGAGAACACCACGGCGGCGCCCACUGAUCGGAUCAAGGAAGCCGAUCGCCGCCGCCUGCUGGGCAGCACCAUGGACAUGCACGCCCUGACCUUCUUGGUCGGCUGCAUCCAGGUUUUCCAGCAGGCCUUCUUUGCCGAUUGA